AUGGCGCCAGGGUCGCUGAGCCCAGUAUAUCUUCCUGAAAUAGGGAGAUGUCUCGAAGGCGAACUGCUGCUUCCUUCAUGGGACGACCUUUUGGAUGCUUUGUUCUCUCACGAUGACACCAAAGCAAAUCUGGCGGUAGAGAUCCUGUCCGGCGAUCGUCCCAAGAAAAUAUUGUCACAACCAUAUCCCUGCCUGCCGAAACCAUCCUCUUCUUCGAAAACCGCAUUCGAUACGUCAACUGGUGGGAUCAAACCCUCGUCCGAUGCUCUAUACAAUGUGGACGAAAUAAAGGCAGACGCACUUUGGCUUAGCAAGCAGGUGAAUUUAGACGAAGUCGAGGCUCUACGAUACACAGUCUUGGAAUGGCAAUAUCAGCCAGAGUCCAGGUUGAGGGAGGGUUAUUCCGAGGCUGAACUAGCCAGCCUGAAAGAUGCUUUGGGUUCUGACUACGUGGACAAGCAACUUCAGAGUCUCCAGUCAGGGGCUAGAAAUGACACUGUAUUCAACAGCCAGAGUUGCCGACGCACGAGGCUUCUACGCCGAUUUCUACAAGACAAAGCUACUUUCCUUCGCAUACGGAGAGCUCUGCUGGAUGCCAGUUUAUUGCCGGAGUCGGCAUUGAGCGUUCCUUCCCAGGUGCGUGUUCUAGCUCGAGACCUGAAACCAGAAGCUCGCGAGUCCCUAGACGAGGAUGUUGAAGCAGGUCUUGAAGGUAUUCAAGGUCAGUUGCACGAGUUGCAAGGUGGUCGGAAAUGGGACAUCGACGAAGCGCAAACACCUAUACUCAACGACAUGGCCGACACCGUGUGCUUGCAGAACAUAGGAACGAUACUCGAGAUUGUGCUCCUGCAGGUUCGCCAGUCCAAAGACACAGUGUCUUCCGAUACUCUCCUGCAUUGGUUACAGUUCAUGUCCUCGGUUGGCUUCUUCAGUUCGUUCACGUCCCAGCUCGCUGUACAGCUGGAAGCCAUCCAAAAAUUGCAAGCGCUGGGAUCGUUCGUGUUGGCGGCCCUGCUGGAUCUUGCAUCGACCAUCGCAAGCUUGAACGAAACGGCAUCAUCUGGGCAGCCGGCAGGCCCUAGUCGCAUUGGCGAGUAUUUCUACGACAUUGAUUCGUUUCACGAAAUCCACGAGAUUCUAUUCAAUCAGACAACCAUAGGCAACACGCAGGCCGGUCUCGCUAUUCUGCCGUGGGCAAUCAUCCUCCAUCAAAUAUGGAUCAUAGCCAACGCAGUGAAAGAAGCUCGAGAAAGCCAUCACGCCCAAAAAGCCAUCGAUGGUGUUACCUCGUCUGACAGUGCGACAGGUCGUCGAAGCUCCGCCAGCAGUGGCGCUUCUAUACAGCAAAGCAUAUUCGAGGAUCUACUGGACCGAAUCCCAACCAGCUCGAACGAAGAUCCUUCAAGCCCUCUGCUUGACACGGUUAUUGAUCAAUGCAAUGUGUUCGACUAUAUCGCAUUUCUCAGCACCUCAAAAAGUGACAACAUGGCAGUGCUCUCUGCGUAUAAGCUCCAGACGCUCCAGGAACUUGUCACUGUAUCCCAGUCAUUUCUCGGAUAUACGCCAGAACUGGUGAUAGCCCAACUGGCGUUGCUUUCGAAUACGUCAACAGACAGCUCGAAGAAGUGGCAGUACGACCCGGCCGUCGAUUUUGUGGAAGACAAAUUUCUGCUUGAGGGCUUCUACGAUGUCUCUGCGGCAAGGUUUCCCUACGAGUGUCUACCAUUCUUGCAGUUUUCACGGGCUCUGGCGAAGGCGAACGUCUUCAACGAUCAAGGUAGCCAUUUCGUGGAAUACCGUCUCCGCAACCUUACAACGUUUACGCAGGCAGCUGUCAGAGACAUCAAGUAUAAGAUCAUUCGCGAGGACGAAAGCGACAGUUAUGUCGCUCUAGAGAAUCCAGUCAAUAUGCUCGACCUCACCAAGACCAAGAUACUGGGUUAUACUGGUCAAAACACCCAAUCUCUGUCUAUACUGCCAGCAGAUGUUACGGGACAGGUCAUUUCAGACCCCGACUCACAGACCAAGAUCAUCAGAUGGCAGACUGAUUUUUCGGGGCUUGCUUACAUUGGCCAGCUGUUGGAAAUACACUACAUGAGAAUGCUAUCGACUUGCCUGUCUCCCCACGAGGACAGCCAGGCCGUCGUAUCCGAGUGUAUCAGCCUCUUGACCACUCUGCUGUCCACGAUUAUCUCAAACACGGCCGACGACAGAAGCCGGGAAGAAGUGCAACAACAUUGCAACAGCAUCCUGGGAGAGACAAGCAGUCACCUGCACACAGAUGCAAACGUUGUGUCGUUGAUCUUUGAGCUUCUAGAACAAGAGCUACAGUCGUUCCGCCAGCGUUCUGUUUCGACUUUUGACUGCCGAAUUCUGCUUGCCUGCGUGGACUUUGUCGUCAUUUUAUGCAAGAUCCAGCCACAUCUAGUAUGGUCUGGUAUCAAUCGAACAAGUCUUCUAGGACGCCAAUUAAGCUCAACCUACAUCGUUGGAAUCGUAUCCGCAGUUGAGAUUCCUUUGCGGUCCUUUGAUGUCCUGGAGAGCUGCGCACGACUUUACGAGGCUUUGGUUCAAUUGGCUUUGCAAUCUCAAUCACAUACAUUGGCCAGGAUUCCGUCAUCAUCUGCCAGAAGAGCGUCAAUGCUGCCGACCGCAACACGAAUGCAAACCUCGAUCCUAUUGUCCUCGACAAAUAUCAUGUUCGACAUCCUUCAGGGAAUUCCUGAUUGGUCGUUCCGUUCUGCAGAACAGCAAACCCGAAUUAGCGCUAUCAUCACCGGCUCAUUUGCCAAUGUGAUCCGCUUUGCUUAUGAUGUGGGUGACGCUCUGUCGUCACCUGUGUCGGCUGGCAAUGUAUUCGUCGAGGCGGCCAAGUUCAUUAUUUCGUCUUUCCGGAGUGAGAGCUUCAACGAUGUUGCCAUCAUGCCUAUUGCAAAAUCUCUUUUCAAGGCCGGCACAUCUAGCGAUCUCUUCACACGAUCUGAAGAUCUGGUCAAUUCCGAAAUAGGCUCGACACUGUCCCUAGCGACGCUACUAACACGAUAUGGGCUCUUGCUGGGCCUCCCACUUUCUUCAGCAGAAAUGCACAUAUUCAACGCCAUCCCCUCGCUGGUACGUAUCCUUCAAGAUCGAGAACCUGUACGCACACAAUGUUGCACAUUGAUCCGAGCAGUUAUGACAUACGCCGACCGGCAUCAGCCUUCUUCCUUGCUGGGUCACUUGGGAUCGGUCUCCUGCAUCGAUCUUCUCCACACGAUGAAGCAUAUUGGCCUGUCAGCUCAGUCCCCUGAACAACGUUCUGAAUCGUGGAAAUUUUUGACCAUGCUUGUGAAAGACUCACAGCAGUGGUUUGCGAUGGUUGCUCUUACUGGCGCAGCACCCGAUGGGUCUAGGAGAACGCUGUCUGAAGAGUCACCUAAGAAAUGCUUUCGCGGCAAGAACUUGUUGCAAAUUGCGAUCGAAGAACUGGACAAUAUCCACGAUCUACCACAGGUAGUCGGGAUAUCCAUACUGGAAUUUCUCCUCGAAGCACAACAGAACUGGGCAUGGGUUACCAACGAGCUCAAUCUCUCGCAGGACUUCUUUUCGAAGCUGGUAUCAUUCGUUGCCGAGGAUGCGCCGCGACAAAACGACGAGACAGAUUUCGCUCGUCAUAACACAAUUGCUGCUCUGGUAGCGGAUUUGUCCAACAAUCAUCUGCAUCAUGCCAAAGUGGCAAGAGAUCUCAAUGCUACGAAGGCCUUCAUACCUCUGAUCGAUUGGUUGAGGGAGAGCGCCAUCGAUGUUUCGUCUUACAAUUUGUCACUGCACAGGAAUCUCAGGAAGAAUUUCUCCGACAAGUACAGCGGCUUCUCGAUUACAGAUUUUAAGCGCGCUGGCCUGAGUGAAAGAGUAUAUGGACCGACAUUCUUUUAUGAUGUGGACUACGCCGAUCAAGUGUUCGCUGGUGACUCCCGUUGGCGUGGUGGAGGUGGAAGGUCUGCCAGUCAAUCAUACUCUGCCGAAUUCCAGAAAGCGAACACAAACUUGUCUUUGGUGGAUUCCGAGUUGAAACUUCUCUUGAGUCUUCAACGUCUUUGUGUUGAUCACUGCAGACUCUUCACGCAAGACAAGGAGCUUCAGAAAGUCAUGGCGCACAUUGUUCGCAACUGUCUCGAGGCAAAUACACGGUUGUACCCGGAAGAGGUCAUUUUCGAUUCGCUUUUCCAGACGAGAGCAGAUCUGGCAACGGCACUGCUGGGCGAAUUGAUCUCUGCAGGUGCCAAGGGCGACGACUUUCUUGAACUUGUGACGCCUGCCUGGGACGCCGUUCGAGCCAGAAACGGUUCGUACGAGCAAGCCAUCAUCAAUGGCGACCUGACAUACUGGCGCUCAACACUGUACAUCCUGUUCAUGACUGUCCAGUUUCAUGUUAGGAGGAAGCUGAAACCAACCACUAUCCCCGGUACAAACAAAGCUAUUGUACCUAUUGAGUCAACAAACACCGCAUUUCUCGAAAUAACAACUGAGGUUGUUGCAAAAGCUUUCGAGACGGUUGUGGCUGGGAUCCAAGAACAGAAGUUGAGCAAAACAAGAGCAAGCGAGGUCGACGAGAGUAAUAUCAUUGGUCCUCGCGACGUCACACUUCUGGUGAUGCUCAUGCAAGCAAUAUUUCGAUUACCCAGCCUGUCGCAAUUUGCGACAGAGUUGUCGGCUAGGAUAGUCAAUUCCGGGCUCAUAUCGUCCUGUCUGUUGCUCUAUUCUUGGUCUCACAUCCUCGCCGGUCCUGAGACGGAAACGCAGCCACGUUACGCCGAGUUCUGCGUUCUGUUACUCGCCUCAAUCUCAUCUCUACCUGCGGUGGCCGAGCACCUGGCGGUCGAAGGUGUUCUUAGCCGACUGCUGACUGCCAAAUCGACCGAGUCCUUACAACGUGUACCAGGCGGUGCUCUCCACGUCGACUCCAGACCUGGUUGCGGCACUCUGUAUCGGAUUUGGGCUACCGGUAUCAUGCCAUUGUGCUUGAAUCUGCUGCAUGCUGUUGGCGGCGCCAUUGCACCGGAGAUCUCCAUGUUUCUGAAUCAGUUCCCGAACCAGCUCCUCCGUGCCAGCACUAGCUUCAUGCUCACUCCGCAGACGAAAGCGGAUGGGACGGAUGUUCUGACCUUGACAGUCGCCAGCGAGGCUGGAACGCUGGCACUGAUAUCCCACAUACUGUCGUCGUACCGCGAAGCUGGGGCGUCAGCGGCCGUCGAUCCAUUGACGGUGCUGCCACUCAAAGGCUAUGAUGAACAUCGGAAAGCCAUCGCAGAGGAUGUGCGGGAGAUUCUGACCCUUAAGGAAGACGUCAGACGGAAAAUGACUGUGCCCUCCGAUGAGAGGGAAUGGAGCUUGCAGAAUUCAAAGGAAGGCGAUCAAUUGGAUGCAAGAAUAGUGAAAGAACUGAAGAUUGCGUUGGCGGCCUUGAGAAGAGACGACGAUGACGACGAAAAGUGAUCAGACGAAAACACAUUUGUUCAGCAUUGUAUGUUGUACCAGAAUGGCAAGGCCGGGUUGUUGUGUUCUGGCUUGAUGAUACCCAGGUCACGAUGUAUGAGAAUUGGUUGCAAGAACAAGUUUUGACACUUCGCACAUAUGGGCAGCCUGUGCCAAUAAUUUGAACAACCUCAGAAGUCUCUCUAUGCAUAGUAAUUCUGCACUUUGAGUCCCUUGAACUCGAAAGCCGUUCCCUCACGUUUAUCAAUCACAGUCUUGUGGUGAACAUCCUUGACACGGGCUCGAACAUAUUCCGUUCCGGUGGGCACGACUC